GUUCAUUUCCUAUUAUUCCCGCGUCUGGUGAUUCAAUCAUCCUAGUACCCAGUAACGGAUCCUGGUUCUGAAUUACCAUCACUGAUUUGUAAAACCUUGAUGUCUUGUGUUGGCCAUGGAUUACAGGCAUUAGAUGGUAGAUAAUGGAGCUCGAGCGCUUCAUUUUCCAUACGCCCAAUGUCAAUUUUUAUCUCUUCUUAACUAUUUCCUACUGAGACAAUUGAGGUGAACAGUCCCCAGUACGAAGGUACUAUGCCUCUGCUUGACGGCGCGAGAAACAGGGACGGUGCCAAUGGCGUUGUUCAUCUUGAAGGAUCAUCAUCUCAUGCGGACGACACCGGUUUGGAUGUGAGGAGCAAUGGGGGAGGACGUCAGAGGAUUGUGGUGGUUGGGUUGGGCAUGGUGGCCAUCUCUUUUAUCGAAAAGAUCAUCAAACAAGACACCGAGAGGCGGAAAUACGACAUCGUGGUCAUUGGAGAGGAACCCCACGUAGCCUACAACCGUGUCGGUCUCUCGUCGUUCUUCGAACACCGCAAGAUCGAAGACUUGUAUCUCAAUCCGACGGAAUGGUAUGGCUCAGUCAAAGACCGCUCCUUCGACUACCAUCUCAACACCCGAGUCACCAACAUCUACCCCGAGCGCAAGACCGUCCGGACAUCCACCGACGACCUCAUCUCCUACGAUAUCCUAGUCCUCGCCACGGGCUCCGACGCCGUCCUCCCCACACAAACUCCCGGGUACGAUGCGAAGGGAGUCUUCGUGUACCGAACAAUCUCCGACUUGGAGCGUCUCAUCGAGUAUGCCGCGCACCACAAGGGUGGCACGGCGGCCACCGUCGGAGGCGGUCUCCUGGGCCUCGAAGCGGCCAAGGCCAUGACCGAUCUUCAGGACUUUGGCAACGUCAAGCUCAUCGAUCGCAACAAUUGGGUGCUGGCGAGACAGUUGGACGGCGAUGCAGGCACUUUGGUGACUCGCAAGAUCAGAGAACUGGGUCUGGAUGUCAUGCAUGAAAAGCGUGUAGCCAGGGUCAAGACUGAUGAUGAUAAUAACGUUGCUGGGAUUGUCUUUGAGGAUGGCGAGGAGAUCGACUGCUGCUGUAUCUGCUUUGCGAUUGGAGUGCGCUCCCGAGACGAGCUCGGUGUAUCGGCAGGCAUUCAAUGUGCUCGCAGAGGGGGCUUCGUGAUCAGUGGAAGCCUCCAAACCUCUAUUCCUGGUAUCUACGCCAUCGGAGAGUGUGCAAGCUGGGAUAAUCAGACCUUCGGCAUUAUCGCCCCUGGGAUUGAGAUGGCCGAGGUCCUCUCGUUCAACUUGACCAACCCAGACAAGGAGCCCAAAAGUUUCACGCGUCCCGACCUCAGCACCAAGCUGAAACUCCUAGGCGUGGACGUCGCCAGCUUCGGGGACUUCUUCGCCGAUAGAGAUGGGCCGAAAUUCCUCCCCGGUCAGCGACCAUCGGUGGCGGCUGAUGGACACCCCGCUGGAAACGAUCGAGAGGAGCCGCCCGUCAAGGCACUGACGUAUAAGGACCCGUUUGGCGGUGUCUACAAGAAGUACCUGUUCACGCUCGAUGGGAAGUACCUGCUUGGCGGCAUGAUGAUCGGUGACACGAAAGACUAUCUUAAAUUGAAUCAGAUGGUCAAGUCGCAGAAGCCGCUCGAUCUACCUCCAAGCCAGUUUAUCCUUGGAGCGCAGAAAGAUGGAGAGGAGAAUGCGGACGAUCUGGAUGACGACACUCAGAUCUGCUCAUGUCACAAUGUCACCAAAGGAGACGUGGUGGCUAAUGUCAAGGAUGGAACUUGCAAGUCUAUUGGAGAAGUCAAGUCGUGCACAAAGGCAGGAACCGGAUGCGGUGGCUGUAUGCCGCUGGUCCAGUCAAUCUUCAACAAAACCAUGCUGGACAUGGGCCAGGAGGUUUCCAACAACUUGUGCGUUCACAUCCCAUACUCGCGCGCCGACCUCUACAAUGUCAUUGCAAUCAAGAGACUGCGGACCUUCGACGACGUGAUGCAAUCCGUCGGAAGGAACCCUGAAUCGCUAGGCUGCGAACUGUGCAAGCCCGUCAUCGCCUCAGUCCUCGCCAGUCUUUUCAACCAGAAUGUCAUGGAUAAAGGCCUCCACGAACUUCAAGAAACGAAUGAUCGAUUCCUCGCCAACAUUCAACGGAACGGAACGUUCUCCGUCGUCCCUCGAGUGCCUGGCGGUGAGAUCACCGCGGACAAGCUCAUUGCGAUCGGCCAGGUAGCGAAGAAGCACAACCUCUACUGCAAGAUUACGGGGGCUCAACGGAUCGACAUGUUUGGGGCUCAAAAGCAAGAUUUGCUAGAUAUCUGGACAUCACUGGUAGAUGCCGGCAUGGAGAGCGGCCAUGCAUAUGCCAAGUCCUUACGAACCAUCAAAAGUUGCGUCGGAUCUUCAUGGUGUCGGUUCGGCAUUGGAGACAGCGUCGGCCUAGCGAUCCGCCUCGAGAACCGCUACAAGAGCAUUCGUGCGCCGCACAAACUCAAGGGGGCUGUCUCCGGCUGCGUCAGAGAAUGUGCCGAGGCCCAAAACAAAGAUUUCGGAUUGAUCUCCACCGAGAAAGGGUACAACAUCUACGUCGGAGGCAACGGGGGCGCCAAACCCCGACACUCGGACUUGCUCGCGAAGGAUGUACCCCCCGAGAAGGUCGUUGCCGUCAUCGACCGGUACCUGAUCUUCUACAUCCGAACGGCAGACAAGCUGCAGCGCACCGCCCGAUGGAUCGAGAACCUACCCGGAGGCAUAAACUACCUACGGGAAGUCGUCCUCGACGACAAACUAGGCAUCGGCGCCGACAUGGAACAGCAGAUGGAGGAGCUAGUAGGCAGUUACUUCUGCGAAUGGACCGAGACAGUCCGGGACCCCAAGCGUCGAAAAUUCUUCCAGCAAUUCGCCAACACAGACGAGACGGUCGAGACGGUCGAGGCCGUCAAGGAACGGGACCAAGAGCGCCCCACCUACUGGCCGAAGGAGGGCGCCACGGAAGACUUCAAGAACCACCAGUGGUCGCACCUCUCGUGGCAGCCGAUGAUCAAAGCCGAGUACUUCAGCGACGGGCCGCCGGCGAUCUCGUCCGCGAACGUCAAGCGCGGCGACACCCAGCUGGCUGUCUUCAAGGUGAAGGGCAAGUACUACGCGACGCAGCAGAUGUGUCCGCACAAGCGGGCGUUUGUGCUAUCGGACGGGUUGAUUGGCGAUGACGAUGCCGGGAAGUACUGGGUUUCGUGUCCGUACCACAAGCGCAACUUUGAGUUGAAUGGCGAGCAAGCGGGGCGGUGCUCCAAUGAUGAAAGCAUGAAUAUUGCUACUUUUCCGGUUGAGGAGAGGGAGGAUGGCUGGAUCUACGUGAAGUUGCCUCCGGUGGAGGAGCUGGACUCUGUGCUGGGGACGGAGCGGUGGAAGGUGAGGAAGGGGGAGGCGCCGGAUCCAUUUGAGAAAUAUGACAAGAAGUAUAAGGGUAUCCGGGGGAAGAAGAUCGGGGAUAAGGUCCAUCAGGGGGAGAAUGCCUUGUCACCGCAGCCUAAGUCGAUCGACUGGUGAUGUUCAUUACGGAUGAUGGUUCCAAUGUCUGAUAUCAUAUAUUGCAUGUAUUAUGUCGUUUUGAUAGUAUAUACCAAUUCAUUUUCAUACCAAAAUAAA